GGCCAGGGGUUCCGGCUGCAUUUCCAUGACCGCCGGCGGCAGCCUCGGAGCUGCGGGAGCGCGACCGGGGGCGAGCUGGGCUGCUGUAGUCAACCAAGCACAGCUUUUAGGUUAAAUCGAAUAAGAGAUCUGACCUGACUGGCCCAGCUGUUCAACUCUUCUUCAAGAUCAAUUUGUAUUCGCAGCAGAGAGGAACCGGUGACGUUGGUACAUAUUGAUCAAGAUGAAUGCCAUGAUGGAGACCUCCGAGCUCCCGGCCGUGUUUGACGGGGUGAAGCUGGCCGCGGUGGCUGCCGUGCUGUACGUGAUCGUCCGCUGUUUGAACCUGAAGAGCCCCACAGCUCCACCUGACCUCUACUUCCAGGACUCCGGGCUCUCGCGCUUCCUGCUCAAGUCCUGUCCUCUCCUGACCAAAGAAUAUAUCCCACCAUUGAUCUGGGGGAAAAGUGGACACAUCCAAACAGCCUUGUAUGGGAAGAUGGGAAGGGUGAGGUCGCCACACCCGUAUGGGCACCGGAAGUUCAUCACCAUGUCUGAUGGAGCCACUUCGACCUUUGACCUCUUCGAGCCCUUGGCUGAGCACUGUGUGGGAGAUGACAUCACCAUGGUCAUCUGCCCUGGAAUUGCCAAUCACAGCGAGAAGCAGUACAUCCGCACCUUUGUCGACUAUGCCCAGAAAAAUGGCUAUCGGUGCGCUGUGCUGAACCACCUGGGCGCCUUACCCAACAUUGAACUGACCUCGCCACGCAUGUUCACCUACGGCUGCACCUGGGAAUUUGGAGCCAUGGUAAACUACAUCAAGAAGACAUACCCCCUGACCCAGCUGGUGGUCGUGGGCUUCAGCUUGGGCGGUAACAUCGUGUGUAAAUACUUGGGGGAGACCCAGGCCAACCAAGAAAAGGUUCUGUGCUGCGUCAGCGUGUGUCAGGGCUACAGCGCACUGAGGGCCCAGGAGACCUUCAUGCAGUGGGACCAGUGCCGGCGCUUCUACAACUUCCUCAUGGCCGACAACAUGAAGAAGAUCAUUCUCUCGCACCGGCAAGCUCUUUUUGGAGACCAUGUGAAGAAACCCCAGAGCCUGGAGGACACGGACUUGAGCCGCCUCUACACAGCCACAUCUCUGAUGCAGAUUGACGACAACGUGAUGAGGAAGUUUCACGGCUACAACUCCCUGAAGGAAUAUUACGAGGAAGAAAGUUGCAUGAGAUAUCUGCACAGGAUUUAUGUACCUCUCAUGCUGGUGAAUGCAGCCGAUGACCCCUUAGUGCACGAAAGUCUUCUAACCAUUCCAAAAUCUCUUUCAGAGAAACGGGAGAACGUCAUGUUUGUGCUGCCCCUGCACGGGGGCCAUCUGGGCUUCUUUGAGGGCUCCGUGCUGUUCCCCGAGCCCCUGACGUGGAUGGAUAAGCUGGUGGUGGAGUACGCCAACGCCAUUUGCCAGUGGGAACGUAACAAGUCGCAGUGCUCCGACACGGAGCUGGUGGAGGCCGACCUGGAGUGAGGCGCCCCCCACCACCCCGCCCCCCAGACUCUGGCGUGCUCCAGCCACCCUCCUCUGGAACUCUCGUCCCUCACCGGCUGUUUCAGGUCUCCCAUCUCCCUCAGCGACCUGGAUCUGACCUCACACCAUCAACAGGGACCACCCAUCAGGCACACACGCGACCUGAAGUGGGUGGCCGACCCUGGGAGCUCCAGGCUAUUUUUGUGCUUAGUUACUGGUUUUGUCCAUUGCAUUUGUUAGCCAUGGUGACAAGUGACAGGGUUCUCACCCUGAUGUCCGGUGUCAGCAUCGGAUUGCUUUCAAGCCAAUUACAUCUAGUUUCCCUAUUAAAAAGCGUGUCUGAACAGCA